UAUACUACUCGUCCACGUCAACGUAUGGUACUGCCCAACUACCCAAAACAAACUAAUCUGAUCCUUGAAAACGAUGAUUUUAUGUGUUCCAUGAAAUCCUUGCAAAUUUGGAUAAUAGCUCGUCUGAUUGCAUGUGUGGCUAUUCAAAGCUGUUUUUGUACUCUUCUAUUGAUUAACGUUCGCGUUUGAGUAGGCAAAACUCAAUUUAAGGUGUAAACAAUCAGUGGCACCCCCCAUCUCUACUGUUGAUGAAAUCAACAACAGCAAAAAAUUAUAUAAAAUGGCUUACCAUACAUUACGCCAAGAGUAUAUGUUGAUGCCCCCAGUAACACGGGCUUACACUACUGUUUGUUUGCUCACUUCCAUUGCAGUUCAACUGGAUGUAGUAUCACCUUUCCAACUAUAUUUCAAUCCUUUGCUCAUCACUCAAAAGUUUGAGAUAUGGAGACUACUAACUCCCUUCUUCUUCUUUGGGACUUUCAGUUUCAAUUUUCUGUUCAACAUGAUUUUUACCUAUCGCUAUUGUAGAAUGCUAGAGGAAGGCUCGUUCAGAGGUAGAACAGCUGAUUUUGUUUACAUGUUCAUAUUUGGCUGCAUCACUACAGUGAUAUGUGCCUGGUUUGUAAACUUGUUGUUUCUGGGACACUCACUUACCACUAUGUUUGUCUAUAUAUGGGCUCGACGAAAUCCUUACGUUAGGAUGAAUUUCUUCGGCCUUCUACCUUUUCGAGCCCCAUACUUGCCCUGGGUUCUCGUGGCUUUUUCCGUUCUAUUGGGGAACAGCGUGUUGGUGGACAUUCUUGGAAUCGCUAUCGGUCACCUGUAUUUCUUCCUAGAAGACGUAUUUCCCAAUCAACCAGGUGGUCGAAGACUUUUGGCCACGCCCCGCCUACUGAAACUGUUGUUCGACACGCACAUCGAGGAUCCCAUUUAUAAUCCUGCCCCUGAUGAGCGUCCUGGAGGUUUUGAUUGGGGUGCAGCAGGGGCGCCUGGAGCUGCAGAACAACCAAGAGAGAACGAAAAUCAGUGAAAAUAUCUGUUCAAAAUUACUACAUGAUAAAAAAGAAAACUAAAUAAAUGGAAAUUUGUUAAAUA